UUUUUUUUUUGUUUCUUUCUAUUAGAAAUUUUUUAUUAAAAAACAAUCUCUUAAUCUCAAAACGAAAAAAAAACUUUAUAUAACAGCCGAUCAUAAAGAAAUAAAUUUCACAAUGAACGCCGCUACAUCUAUUCCAACGACACAAACUCAGCAAAAGCCAGGUUUCCGAAAAAUAAUGACUUGGAAUAAUAAAAGAAGCAGUAAAAAACUUCCUCAUUUGUCUUAUGAUAGUGCGCCUGGAGACGACAAAACAUCGCCUGUACCAGCAAGCCCUACUCAUAGUUUGAGGAGUCUUAAAACAGGACGACCUUCUCUAUUUGCAACUUUUGCACGCAGAAAUUCUACUAAGAGUGAACAUUCUUCAAGGAGCCGUUCACCUACAAGUCCUAGACCUUCUAACGACUUAAUCUUUACUUCCGAUGGAAUCCGUACUCCAAGCCCAACACCAUCACGAAAUUCAAUGAUCUUUGAGCGGGACAUAGAAUUCCAUGAUCAUCUUAGUGUACACGAGGCUAUUGACCUCGCUAUUCCUCCUGUCCUAGACGACGCAGCUGAAGCAUUCGUAAAUGAAGAAAUACCUACUAUCCUCACAGAAGAGAAUGUUAAUGAGCCUGGAAGUGAAUCUAAAUCGGAUAAUGGAAAAGAGAAGGCCAAGGUCAACGAAAAUGGAAACGGCAAACAAGGAGUAAAUGGAAAUAAUUAAUGAUGUAUAUAUUAUACAUAUGAGAAUCGCAAGAUACCGGGCAAAAGGCAGUUUUGGGUGCACAGCUAAUUUGUAUUAUUCAUUAUCACAUUUUUUUUUUCUUUGCUAUAUAUAUUAUAAAUACAUAUAUACAUACAUAUACUCAUUAUAUAUACAUGUGCCUAAACUUCCUUAUUUACUGACGAAUGGACCAAAAGAUGGAUAUUUGGCUUUCUUUUAUUU